AUGGACACCCACCCACCCUGUGCCAUAGCACCCCGGCAUGGACACCCACCCUCUGCCAUAGCACCCCGGCAUGGACACCCACCCUCUGCCAUAGCACCCCGGCAUGGACACCCACCCUCUGCCAUAGCACCCCGGCAUGGACACCCACCCUCUGCCAUAGCACCCCGGCAUGGACACCCACCCUCUGCCAUAGCACCCCGGCAUGGACACCCACCCUCUGCCAUAGCACCCCGGCAUGGACACCCACCCUCUGCCAUAGCACCCCGGCAUGGACACCCACCCUCUGCCAUAGCACCCCGGCAUGGACACCCACCCUCUGCCAUAGCACCCCGGCAUGGACACCCACCCUCUGCCAUCGCACCCCACCAUGGACACCCACCCUCUGCCAUAGCACCCCGGCAUGGACACCCACCCUCUGCCAUCGCACUCCACCAUGGGCAGCCACCCACCACCCCUGCUCUCCAGCCACCCACCCUCCCAUGGCCCCCAGAGCAGCCCUCUGCGGCGAUGUGCUCUGCUGGGGAAGGAAGACCCUCCUUGCCCCCCUUUAAUUGCCUGUGUUUGCUCGUCUCGCCGAGGGCUGGUAGAGCAGAGGUCAAAAAUGGACCAUAA